UGGGCCAAGAUCUCGCUGAGAGCGGAGCGUUUUGGGAUCGCCUUGUUUGCUCGCAUUUACUUUCAUUUUUUUGGAGGGGCUAUAAAAAGCGAAAGCAGAGCGCUGGAUUCGCUCAUAAAGACCGCAAAACUGCAAAAGUCCACUACGAAGCCAGCUGGAAGCAAAGGAUUACCACAAUGGUUAGACCCAUCUACCUGGCCCUCGUUGCUCUCUUCGUUUUGACCUGCUCUGUAAGUGCAGCUCCACUGGGGGAAUCCGAGAAAGAGAUCAUCCACGAUCUGCCAGUAUCUAAGCAGGAUCCUGAGAUCCAAAACUCAAGUGCCGAUACGAGUGAGGAUGACGAUGAAGAGGAGGAUGAGGUACAAAAGGUAGCAGACGAAUCCAAAGAAGAUGAUGAUGACGAGGACGACGACGCCGAAGAUGACGAUGAUGAGUCUUUGAUCCGAAGACGCCGCGAGGCGGAAGCCACUGAGGAACCAUCGGAGGAGACUGCCACCGAAACUCCCACCGAAGAUCAGAAGGUGGACGCUACUACUGGAACAGCUCCAACACGAAAACCCGUGCUCGUGCUUAUUCGGGAUGCCCUGAAGAAGGUGACCACCGAUUUGCCCACCGCCCAGGUGGCCAACAAUGCACUGCAGUACUUCCAGCAGUUCGAGCACUUCAUCCAACAGGCCAUUGAGGAAGUAAUCGGCGAUGACGAUGACGAGGAGGAGACUCCGGCUACUGUCCUUCCCGAAACGGAGACCACAAUUGAAGAUAUCAAGAAGCCGGAGGGGGAGAACUCGGAGAAGAUUCCCGAAGUCGAGGUCCCUGCUGUAGUGCCCGAAAAGGAGACUCAAGCCAUGGAACCCAUGAAGAUGGAGGAGUCCACUUCUUCGACUUCAGCUCCCAAUAGCAAUGCUGUCUAGUCUAGCAACUAAGUUCCACAACUCAUUCCUCAGCUAUUUAUUGUCAUUUAUUUAUUGUUUAGCUAUAAAUUAUAUGCCAUAUAUCUUGAAAA